GCGAUGAAUAUGUUCGUCAUGGCUCUAUCAGAUAGUUCCACAAGAAAAUAGAGGAAAAAGUAUAUGUAUGUAUCUGUAUGACAUCCGCGUGACUCCACUCCAGUGAUCAAGUUACGUACAGUUUCUUUUUUUUUUAAAUAGAGAAAUUGUAUAGAUGGUUUUUGUGUUAUGUACAUACGACUGGUCGAAUCGCUUUUAUUGAAGUAAUCAUGAAUAAGCACGAAUGAGUAAUUCGUUUACAGAGCUGGGCCUUUGACAUUUGCUUACAAAUUUUAUUCAAUAGAUUAACCAACGUCGCAGUCGAUCUAAUGUCGUCAUAAAGAUUUUACGUUUUUAUCAGUGAACAAUAUUCACGACGUUUUACGAUAUCCUUAUAACCUCAAAUUUGUGGAAGAGAGAUUCAGGAAGGUGCAAGUGAAAUGCGAUGCAUAAACGAUAUGUAUCUUAUUGCACACUCAUAAUAUCUACAAUAUUACAUCUGUGAAUGGAUGUGUUUGCAUGUACGUGCACUUUAUGAACCGAUUGAACGUUCCCUGCGUGUCGUACAUAACGCAGUUUCCUGGAUGAAAAAAAUAGAGGAAUACUAGCUAGCGUUAUUUUGUUCAUUGCGAUGGAUACAUUAGUAUCUUGGGAUUAAAUAUAAUAUAUAAUGAAGUCCUUAAUCAAAUUCUUGAUAGAGUAUUAAAAUUAACAAGAUAGUGGAUAUACACUUCUGACACUUUAAAAGAUGAAACAGUGUUGCUUAAGCCACAAACUUCAGUUGUGGCUUACAUUUCUUGUCUUUUGUGUGAUGUGCAGCAGAGCAGAUAUUUUAGUAUUUUCUGCAGCUGCAAGGCAUCAAAUUGAAGAAGAAUUUAGAGACAUGCCUGCAAGAUUUGGAGGUUUAAUACCAUCUGAAGGGAUUAAGGGGAUGGUUGUGUAUGCAGAACCACCUACAGCGUGUCAUGAAAUACAGGGCCCUCCCAAUACUACUAAUUAUAAUGGUAAUUGGGUAAUUUUAAUAGCUCGCUAUAAUUGUAGUUUUGAAAGAAAAAUACGAAUGGCACAGAAAGCAGGAUAUGACGCUGUGAUUAUACAUAAUGUGAACAGCAACAAAUUAGAACCAAUGCAAGCUAGAGAUCCUGUAGGAAUAUUAAUACCAUCUGUAUUUGUUAGCGAGAUCACAGGAUUGAUUAUUAAGGAAAAUUAUUUAUACGAUGAAUUGUAUUUUGUACUAAUUAAUGAUGAUACUCCGUUUAAUAUAACACACUUGCUUUUACCUUUUGCUAUUGUUGUUGGGAUAUGUUUUCUAGUCAUGGUUAUCUUUAUGAUCGUUAGAUGUAUUAAAGAUAGAAGAAGGCAACGAAGGCAUAGGUUACCUAAUUCAAGUUUGAAAAAAAUUCCUACGCAUAAAUAUACGAAAGGUGAUCCAUAUGAAACAUGUGCCAUCUGUUUAGAUGAUUACGCAGAAGGUGAAAAAUUAAGAGUUUUGCCUUGUGCACAUGCUUAUCAUACAAAAUGUAUUGACCCUUGGCUGACAAAAAAUCGUAGAGUUUGUCCCGUUUGUAAACGAAAAGUUUUUGCGGCGGAUGAACAAGUUGUUACUGACGAAAGCGAUUCGGAUGCCGAUGACACGACACCUUUGAUUCGUGAAGGUCAUCAAGGAACUCAAGGUGGAACAUUUUCACGACAGAGGGAAAAUCCUUUUAGUCGUGCUAGAAGGUCGGAAACAAGGCAGCGCGAUAUGAUCCAUUCAAGCAGUAGUUCUGAUUCUGAAGAAUUGUUUGAUACACCAGAUGAUGAAUCUAGUAUAAGUGGUGGAGAACCAUCUAGUGGAACGGUUUUCAGAGCAUUUGAUAUUCAUAGCAUCAAUGGUGAGUUGCCGGAUUUAGAGUGUUCCGUGAGCAGUACUAAACCACACACGGUGAAUUUAUAUACGGAUGCUGAAGGGUUGCCAGCCCCUGUUGCUCAAAUAAUAAAUCGCAAUAGACGACCGGUAGCGAAUUCACAAAUUUGUGAAAUUGGAUCUGUUGUACCGAUUGAAAAUGAAGCUACAAAUAUUAUUGACACGGAUUGUGAAGAGACCGAUAUUCACGUAUAAAGUUCGAUUGCAUCUAUUCUUUUAUCACAUGUCUAUGUCUUGGAUAAAAUUGGUAUGUUCUUUUAAGGUGUUACAAAAUUUCAUAUAGAUUACUAAAAUAAUCGUAACUAUGAAAAAAUGGAAAGUUUUAAAUGCUUCAAGAACUUUACCUUUUAUUUAAAAGAACUAAAAUUAUCACCACUUGUAACUCGGUCAACUAAAUGGUUUGCAUUAACGUGCAUGUUCUGUAAACUUAUUUCAUUUGUUUAACAUUGUCACCGUUCAUCGACCAUUUUUUCGACAUCGUGUAUCUUAUAUCAAGGUAAGCGAAAAUUUCUUCUUCAAAAUGAUCUGCCAUUGUUUUAAUAGUAAGAAUCACUGUUACCCUAUUAACUUGUUUUAACUAAAACCCAUUUUAAAUAUAUGAAAAUAGUUUAAUAGCGUUAAGACUGCAAAUUAUUUUUUUAGGCAUAUGUCUAUGUAAUUUAAUCUUUCAGAUAUAUCUGUUAGUCGUUUAAAAAAUAUUCGUAUAGAAACAGUUUAUUCAAAAUUAUUAUAAUCAAUUCAUUUGAAAUAUUCACUUAUUUUAUUUAAAGUUUUGAUCAACAAUGCUAAACUUACUAAUGUUUAUUUACAGUUUUAUAUUUACAAUUAUGGCCUAGAUAUUUUAUCUUUGCACUCAGCUAUCGAUUAAUAUAUCUACAUUUAUCAUUUUCUUCGUUAGUUACCAUGGUAUAUAUAUAUAUAUAUAUAUAAUUUUGUUUGAUAGACGAAUAGAUAUACUUUUAGUUAUUUUAUGAAUGUUAAAUGAUGAUUAUUGGCGAUAUACAUAUAUACAUAUAAUGAGAGAAAAAAUAUUUUUUAAUGACAUGAUGCGCAACAUGAGUUUGUAAAUAUUAUUUGUUAUUGUAUAUACAUACAUAUAUAUAUAUAUAAGUUAGGUGACCAAAAAUAGAAUUUUCUUUAAUGUGCAGGACAUAUAAGAUAUAACUAAAUACAAUAAAAUUCUAGUAGGAAAUAUUUGGGACGUUAAUUGCUACAUUAAUCAAAUUGAAUUUUGUUGAACGACUUUGAUAGAGGAUAAUGGUACAUCUUUAAUAUCUUUUUCUAAAAAGACAUAAUAAAAUGUAAUUGGAUGUUUUUGACACGACGUUUUCUGUAUAGGUUCUGUAAACUUUUUUACAUAUAUAUAUAGAUAGAUAGAUAGAUAGAUAGAUAGAAAGGGGAGCUUUCAGCCAUUUCCUAAUAACGUGACAAAAUUAUCUGAAAUUAGGCUGCGUACCUAUAUUAAAAAAGCAUAUUAUCUAAGGAAAAUAGGAUUACGGAAUUACGGAAAUUAGGAAAUGAUUACUGUGAUUCGAUUGGUGUUUAAAUAACGUCUUUCGGGAGAAAGGAAAGUUGUAUAAAAUUGUGUAAAUAGCCGGUAUGUGUGAACUUAUUAUCCGUGCGCGCGCUCGUAUGUAUGUAUGUAUGUAUGUAUGUAUGUAUGCAUGUAUGUACGUAUGUAUAUGUAUAUGUAUAUUUUACAAUAUCAAAGAAUGAAUUUUUACUUGAUCAUUAUGAUGUCUAAAUCGAAAGAUUGGGCUUGCUAUCGUCUUAUUGUUUAAUGCUAGAUGUAUUAUUCGGAUAAAAAUAAAAAGAUAUUUAUAUUUUGUGUUUUA